UUUAAAUCUUCGAUGCGAAAUUCACUCAUUUACAGACCUGCCGCACACUCACAAGCUACCCCAACUAAGGUGUCAAACUAAAUGACAAUGGCAUCAGCAAAUCGUUUCGCAGUGUUCAGCUCUGACAUAUUAACAUUCGAAAACUAUUCCGACUCGGCUUUCUUGAGACUCCCCGCUGAGAUACGCAACCAAAUCUAUAUUUUGGCAUUCGACUCAGCUACUGUUCGUGUCGACGUUGGCUCUCGAGUUACCAGCAUUGUCAACGAUGCUGCGGCACUGAUCGACACCUGCCGCCAGACUCGACACGAAGCGAAGACGUUCCACGGAAAAUUCACUAUAGUUCGUCUCCCAUUCGAGAUACAGACACACGAUCUCUUCGCCGACCUAUGCGCCAUCAUGGGACCAAACAACAGCGCACGGAUCCAGGAGGUUCAGAUGACUCGAGAAAUGUUGAUGCGGGCUGACGAACACUUCGGCAAGGAAGGAAUGCAGUGGUAUCUGAAGAAGGACAUCGAAGGGUUUGAAUCUUUGUCACAGAUCUCGCAGUGCGAGUCUCAGAGGCGGGUCAAUAAAGCCUCAGCGUGGUCUCGCAGGAAGAUGCCUGGCCUCGUUCGUGAGGUACGAAGGCGUUGACGCCCUCAUGUGUACUUUGCUGGGCAUCAGUCUGGUCCUGGGUGUGCUUGAAUUUUCUUAGUGCAAGACAAUUCGCAGCCAGCGAGAAGAGUGAACCGAACAAGAAACGAUUCUGUGCAAGUUGCCUCCUAUCGUAACAGCUGACAGCUCCAACGAU